AGAAAGCUUAUAUAAGAUAUCACAGAUGAUCCCAAGCUCACUUGCUGGUUUAACAUAACUAGGAUGGCGCCCAACUCAUCUCCCAACGGAAACACCGAGAUGAGUAAGGGUGAAUCCAAAGCAGUCCCUGACAGGGCAAAAUUGACCCUCGAAAUAGGAGAGGCGCCGGAGACACGAUCAUUCAGAACUUCCCUACCGCAAGUACUGGCAACAAUGGCUCAAAGUAUGCUGUUGUUAUCUCUCGGUAUGAUGGUAUUUUCGUCAACUGUUAUCAUAGGGGCGUUGAAAAAUGCACCUACUGGACUAUCUUUAACAGACUACGAAGCAUCAUGGCUGGCUGGUGUUCUUUUAAUUGUACAACCGACCGGGAGCGUUCUUUCCGGUUUCAUCCAGAACACCCUCGGCAGAAAGAAGUGCAUGCUGAUGGUCAACCUCCCCCAGCUUCUCGGGUGGAUGCUCGUCUACCACGCCCAAUCAGUCCCGAUGCUCUUCGUCGCUUCGGCUCUCAUGGGAUUUAGUAUAGGUUUUAUGGAGGCGCCGACUUUCAGCUAUGUCGGCGAAAUCUCACAGGCUCAUCUCAGAGGAAUGCUAGCCUCUUUUACGAGCGUUUACAUCUCGGUCGGUCUCCUUAUUAUGUGCCUGUUGAAAUCCUUCACGGAUUGGAGGACAGCUGCAGCUAUAAGCUCUGCAGUUCCCGUCAUCACAUUCAUUGCCAUACUGCAGGUACCUGAGUCUCCUGUGUGGUUGUUGACGAAAGGGAGGCGCGAAGAGGCGAGGGCUUCGUUGGCUUGGCUCAGAGGGUGGGUUAAGCAAGAGGUCGUACUGAAAGAAUUCAGAGGAAUGGAAGCUCAUGCGGAAGCUUCGAAGCUAAACAGCCCCAUCACGACCCCGAUCACACCACCCACCCUUGCUUACUCGCCGGUUCCAACUAAUGAAGGAGGUCUUGUGGUAGAAGAUUACAAACCAACCUUCUCUGAGAAAAUGAAGGAUUUGGUCAGGCCAGAGAUGCUAAAGCCGUUGGGUUUGGUUGUUUGUUAUUUCGGUUUUCUACACUGCGGUGCUUUAAACGGAUGCAGACCGUACUUGGUCCACGUCUUCACAAAGCUCGGCGUACCACUUGACCCUUUCGUCGGCACGGUGUUUGCCGCAUCGAGCCAAAUUCUGGGAAGUUUUGUUUGUAUGGGAAGUGUUCGAAAACUCGGGAAACGAGGGCUUUCUCUGAUUUCAAUCACGGCCUGUUCACUAAUUACUCUCUGCCUCGGAGUCUACGCUUUCCUGAGGGAAACAAGGCAGCUCGAUCUCGGAAUCUUUCCUCUCGUCCUAUUUUCGCUACUCUUUUUCUGCACGAACGUCGGGAUUGGGGUCAUCCCCUGGACACUUCUGGCAGAAGUGUUUCCAGCUAGGGGGCGAGGAGUCGGCGGAGGAAUAGCUGCUGCAACCUACUAUUUGUGGUACUUCAUAGUUUCGAAGACAUUCCUUGAAUUGGACUCUUAUCUCGGCCUGUACGGGGUCUUCUUUUUAUACAGCGCACUUGGUUUCUGCGGACUGCUUUUCCUCUCCAUCUACCUUCCAGAAACCGAGGGCAAGAAGCUGGAAGAUAUCGAAAAGUUUUUUGUCCCGAAGUCGAGACGCACAGAGUCGUAGACCUUCUCACUAAGCUCAAGACUGAUUCGCACCAUAUUCCUUCAAUAACAACAACAAAUCAUAUGGACAUUGAAACAACAAAACAAAGAUUGGUGCUAAAAUGUAAAAAUUGUAAAUACACAUUGUUUCGCUUUAGUAAGCAUGAAAUAAAAGUUUAUAUUUUUUAAAAGUGCUAUCGCUCACUUUAUUCGAAGACAAGAUAAAGACUUUAAAAUUUAAAAUAAUUUCAUGCCAUAAAAACAUUACCUUUCUAACUCUUCUGCAAAAAUGAUCCUUUUAUUCAUGAUUUUUUAACCAAAUUUGCUAUAGAUGAGUAUAGAAUAUUGUAGAUGUAAGAUGCAUGGUUUUGGAUUGCCUUGGGCAAGUGAACCUUGGUGGACAGAGAUUUUUGUCAGUCAAAUAAAUCAAAUAACUUUAAAUCGACAUUUCGGUCCAGCAAGAUAUCUUUAAAAUAAGAUCUCCUAAAAUAAGUAUUAACUAAAAUACAUCAUUAGUUCUAAAACCUUUACCAGAAACUAUUUAACAAGUUCAUAACUAUUAUUUACAUGACCAGCACAAAGUUGUCAAACGCAAAAUUUAAUUUAAAUUUAAAACAGAUAAUACAAUUACUACCAAAUAAUACAAAAAAGAAACUUUAUAUGAAAUUUCAAUAAUAAGGUAAGGUAAACGACAAGAUGAAUUGUUAGAUAAAAAAGGAAGAAAGCAACUUUGAAUAUAAUACAUACGUUAAAUUAAUUAAACCUUUCAAUUUCCUGGUCAUGGCAAUUCCAAUUUCCAUCCAAAACUAUUAUCAUCAAAAAAUUAAAAAAUUUUAAGAGCAAAAGGGAUAAUUUAAAGUAUCUACAUGAUAAUUGUAAGUUUGUUAGUUCAUUUCUGUUACAUAAUUGAGUCAAUCACCAAAAUAAGUAUUUUUGUAAAUCAUACUCGUUACAAAUUAUAAGGUUUCAAAUGUAAAUUUUGCUAAGAAAAUAAAAAAUAAAAAAACGGCAA